AUGUUGCGGCGAUGCGGGGUCACCGAGGGUGACACGUUUGACAAGCACGGAAUCUCUUGCCCGGUGGUUUCUGAAUUUUCCUUCCUCGGAACGCAGAUUGUGAACCAUCCUGACGGCAUCCUCUUGACACAACGGCGAUGGCUGCUGCAGGAGUUGGCUAAUCGCGGAUGGGCUAAGGUUCAGGGCAGCCAUAGCCUACCUGUCCCACAGGAAGGGACGUUGGAACCUGAAGAGCGGGAUCAUAGCUUCGCGGAAAGGCUCAAACAUGUGCAAUCAGAACUGGGCAGCCUGAUGUGGCUGGGAUUAAGGUCUAGGCCAGAUAUCUGUUCAACCAUCGGUGUGACAGCUUGCCUAGCCGCCACCAAUCCAAGAGAAGCGCAACGCUUGUGCAACGGUUUGUGGAAGUACCUCAGAGGCACCGUCGACUGGGGCAUCCUGUACACAGCUUCGGGAGCUACUACACUAGACAUACACACAGACGCAUCCUUCUCACCAGGAGGCUCGAGGUCUAGAUCCGGCAUCGUGCUGAAGGUUGGGAACAACAUCAUCAGUUGGAAGAGCCUUCGUCAAGCUUUGACGGCGUUUUCAGCUACUGAGAGCGAGCCUGAGGGAAUGACAUUAGGAGUUGAAUUGGCAGUCAAGCAGCGAAUCAUGAUGCAGGAGAUCAACAAUGCAGAAGUGUCAUGUGUGCUCCAUGCGGAUAACACUGGAGCAAUCAAUCUUGCGACGAGGGACCAGAUGGUUUGGACCCGCAUGCGCACGAGACAUUAUGCAUUGAGAACUUCCUGGCUACGCGAUCAGCUCAUUGAAGAAGGCAUUCCUGUCGAGCAUUGUCGUACGAGCGAGCUCGCCGCUGACGGCCUAACGAAGGUGUUAUCCAAAGGGAAGCUUGAUCUAGCACGCGGAAUGCUGGGCAUGAUCAAGUGGAAAUCCUGA